GCUGUUUCCGGUGGGGCAGCCAUUCAAGGACUAGGAAAGAGAAGCGAAGAAUUUGAGCCAACCAGUGUUAGGAAGGAAAAUAGUUAAAAUACAAACAACUGAGGCACAUUUGAAUAGUUCGGAUCAGAUCAGAAGGUUACCAUGGCAUCCGGCAGCAGCAGCAGUGAGGAGGAGAGGAGCCUGCGGGAGUGUGAGCUCUAUGUUCAGAAGCACAACAUCCAGCAGCUCCUGAAAGACUGCAUUGUGCAGCUGUGCACCUCGCGGCCGGACCGGCCCAUGGCCUUCCUGCGGGAGUAUUUUGAGAGGCUGGAGAAGGAGGAGGCCAAACAAAUCCUCAGCCAGCAGAAGUCAAACUCUCGGUCAGACUCGCGGGAAGAUGAGGUGUCGCCCCCCAUGAAUCCUGUGGUGAAGGGCCGGCGGCGGCGUGGGGCCAUCAGUGCUGAGGUGUACACUGAAGAGGAUGCAGCGUCCUACGUCAGAAAGGUCAUUCCCAAAGACUACAAAACAAUGGCUGCCCUGGCUAAAGCAAUCGAAAAGAAUGUGCUGUUUUCACACCUGGAUGAUAAUGAGAGAAGUGACAUCUUUGACGCUAUGUUUCCUGUCACUUAUAUUGCUGGCGAGACAGUCAUUCAGCAAGGUGAUGAGGGUGAUAAUUUCUAUGUUAUUGACCAGGGUGAAAUGGAUGUCUAUGUCAACAAUGAAUGGGUCACCAGCAUUGGGGAGGGGGGUAGUUUUGGUGAGCUGGCUUUGAUCUAUGGCACCCCAAGAGCAGCCACUGUGAGAGCCAAGACCAACGUUAAACUUUGGGGCAUCGACAGGGACAGCUACCGGAGAAUAUUAAUGGGAAGCACCUUAAGGAAGAGGAAGAUGUACGAAGAAUUUCUAAGCAAAGUAUCAAUUCUAGAGUCAUUGGACAAAUGGGAACGCUUGACAGUGGCUGAUGCCUUGGAGCCUGUGCAGUUUGAAGAUGGGCAGAAGAUUGUGGUCCAGGGAGAGCCUGGCGAUGAAUUCUUCAUCAUCCUUGAGGGCACUGCUGCAGUGUUGCAGCGCAGGUCAGAGAAUGAGGAGUUUGUGGAAGUUGGUCGACUGGGACCCUCUGAUUACUUUGGUGAAAUAGCCCUUUUAAUGAAUCGCCCUCGUGCAGCCACUGUGGUGGCUCGUGGACCCUUGAAGUGUGUGAAGCUUGACCGACCUCGGUUUGAACGUGUUCUGGGUCCUUGUUCAGAUAUUCUGAAACGAAACAUCCAACAGUACAACAGCUUCGUAUCGUUGUCUGUCUGAGAGUUUCCAGCCCCUUCCCUAAAUACAGGGUCCACCAAUGCAAUCUGCUUUGUCACCAUUUACAUCUUUAUUUGGUUUUUAUUUUCACAGUUCCUGAUACCCAGCUGCUCACCAGCAUCACCGCUUUGUCUGUCUGUUAAUAUAUACUCAGCGCAACACUUUACAUUUAUUUUACAUGUAUAUGCUCCACAUGCUUUCCACAUGGCAGAAUGUCUAGCAUUCUUUAUGAACAGGAACAACUAUAAGGUUCCCUCUUUCACCUGUUGUCUGUGUGCAGGUGAGACUAGUAUCUGCUGUUUGACUUGCUUUGAAAGGGUGAUAUUACUGUAUGAAGCUAUUCUAGAACAGCUAGAGUAGAAGUAGGAGAAAAGGCAAAUGUUUUUAAAAUUUGUUCAGUGUUUUGAGGCUUCAAAGACCUUUUAAGACCAUUUGACUUUGUAUAGUUAAGUAUUUUGAGAUUUGGCAUAUGUAGUUUAACAAAAGUGAGACGCUGUCGUUUUAUGUUUGCUAAUAGUUCAUUUGAAGGGUACUAGAAGUUAAGUGCACCAUUACAACCAUGGUGACAUGUUCUGAAAUUUUUUGAAUAGUUGCACAUACAUUAGUGGUUUAAAUGACUAAUUAUUAUAUUUUUGCACAGUUUCAGUGAUUUAAAUAUGAUCAAUAAUGUUUAUAUGCGCCUGCUAGUUUUCAGUGCUGCAUUGUGUCCCAGUGGUGUUCUGAAGUCAGGAAGAUCAUGACGUGUUCUUGCUCUAAACCAUCUCCAUUUUUAUUUGUAUUUCUGUUUGACAUGUCACCCAGUUUAUCUCCAAUGAAUAACCUUCCAAAUCUGGAAUAAUGAGUGGCUGAACACUCUACAGCUAUUUUGUAAUUUGUAGCCUCAGAGAGUUUAUACAGAUUAGCUCAAUACAAAAUUGUAAUUAUAAUAAUACAAUACAAAGCUAAUGCCAAAUAUUAGGUGAUAGUUUCUAUAAACCGAGGUUAGCCUGAAUCUGACUGAAAGGGAUAGUAUAUUCACUUGUACUCUUAAUGUAUGACACUAGUGCUCCUGUGCAAAUGAACUGGCUUACAGCAGAGGUUCAGUGAACUCUUUGAAAUACAUUUGAGGAAUAUAUGUGUGCUUCUGCAAAAUCUCGAGUAGUAGAAUUGAAAUGAAAUCGCAUAUGUUACGGCUGAGUACAUUUAGUACAAACCUGUAAUUCUAGAACUGAAACAGUUUGACAGCUUUUUACUCCCAAGAUCAUUGGCCAUUGUCAAAAAUGAGAAAGAGUUAACAGGUUUUGAUAUAUGGUAAAUGGUACAUUCAUUUCAUCAGAUUGUUACCUGAACAGAGAAACUCAUUGAGUCUUAAGUGUAUUUCAGUAUUUUCCAAUUUUGUUACAUGUCAGUAUGCACCAAAUGACAAUAAGCAUUUUUUAUACAAAUUCCAUGAAUCUGUAAUGUAGGAAAUAAUGAAAUCCUCUCUUAUAAUAAUAAUUUGUGUUUUGUGAAUAUUUAGAGAGAUAGUUAUUUCAGGGUUGUAGUUGGGAGUGACAGAAAGCUCUAAGCAGGAAGUGUACAAUUUUGUAAUAGCAUAUUUUUCCAUAAAUACAAGUACAGCUGCCCAGUGCCAUAACUGAAAUAAACAAUGUUUGUUCAGUUAUCAGCAGUCAAAAGAACAGUGUAGAUGUAUCGUGUAACUGACAUGGAUCAAUGUUACGUUUCUGUGUGUACACACAUAUACACACAUUGUGUGUGUGUGUGUAAUAUAGAUGUGCAAAUACAUGAAUGAUUGAUUUUUAUUUAAGUUAUACAGAAGUGUUUAGAAUAUUUUCUUAAAACAUCACAAAUGCCUAGACUAGAGGUCAAAACUGAAUGGUUUAUACUCGCAUCAAAAAUUUCCCACUAAGUAAGUGUGUGUGUCUUAAGUCACUGAAAGCAGACAUAAUUUCAUAUGAAUAUUUCAGUUAGUUUUCUGUGACAACAGAGGUGGAAUGUUAGGAUUUGUCUUGCUAGAGUUAGGUUGGUUGGUUUGAAGGUUUAAAGUUCACUGCCAUUCUGACUUGUUUCAAAUGCAUUUUACCAGUAAAAAAAAAAAAAGGUCAAACUGGUGAGGAUACCAAAUUGUUAGUAUUUUAUGAAUCCUAGACUUGAAAUGACCCAUAAAAAUCGUUCAGUCAUAUUAGUCGGAAUGUUUAAGGAAGCGAUAUCGAGAUUUAAUCAUGAAUUGUAGAGUUGUGCUGAAGAACCUUACUCCUCAGAGUCACUCUUGUAAAAACUGUUGAUUCAGCGUUAUAGCAGGCACUAGUUAAAGAUGAAUUAAGUCAAAGUGAUAGUCAUUCUUGAUUUGCUCCAUAUUAAAAACUCUGGAAAUGGACAUGUAAUGAAAGUGGCUUUUUGAAUUAUAGCUUUCAUGCUCAGAGCAACUGAUCAUUUUGCUGAUAAAUGCAAGAGAACUGAAAAUACCUGCCUUGUGUUUUCUGAAGUGACAGAUUUGAUUAAGGCAGACAUACUAGUUGAGUAGUUGCUGACACAUAUUUGUUUAACUGGUUUUCUUUGAGGAGUUCAGGUCCUCUGGUGACAUGAAUUUCUGAGGAUAUGAAGGAUUUUUUUUCUCAUUAUUUUUAUUUACACUCCUCUUUUGGCACUUUUUGUGGCUUGCUAUUCAUUCAUUUUAUUUCAAAACAGACUUUUCUGAUGAAGCAGUCAGUAAGUUUUUGAAUUGAAUAUUAAUCACAUUCACAGCUUUAUCAGUCUGUGCAAUCUGAGUAUGUAUGUGUGUAAGUAUGUAUGUCUGUAUGUACAAGAAAAAUCAACAUAGUUUGCCUUAGCUUAUGUAACCAGGAUAUAGAAACUCCUGCUAGCCCAACCCUCAGCAAGUUUAUGAAGCCUACAGUCAUGAGAGCUGUUGGCUGUCAAAGGACCAUUUUUUUUCUAAUGUUAUCCAAUGACUGUAUAAGGUUUGAUUUACUCUAUGUGCUAAAACUAUUAUUCUUUUGGUAUAGAUUGUCCUAAUGGCAGGUCAAGCAAUAAAAGGUAUUGAAUUCUUA